CCCUCCGGUUGUGGUUUUGAUACUUUGGACGUCUUAAAUGCUUCUGCAGAGUGCCUUCUGGUGGGGGCCAGAAAUUACUUCUCCGACGUGGUCCCGGCUGAGAUCAGUUCCUUCAAGCGUCUCCUCUGGCUUGACCUCUCCGACAACAAUCUGCGAGGUCCCAUCCCUAGGGAGAUUCACAACUUAACUCGUCUCCUUACGAUUAGACUCGAGAACAAUGUGCUUGCUGGGGAGGUUCCCGAUCUCUCAACGGCGUUGCCGGAGCUCAGGGAGCUAAAUUUAUCUAAUAACAAGUUGCACGGGAAGGUGCCAUCCGGACUGGUGAAGAAAUUCGGAUUGCGAAGUGUUGCGGGAAACGCUGGGCUCUGCGGUAUGAGCCCGUUACCGGUCUGUUCGUUCACAGGUUCCCCUCCCACGGCUGUGUCGGCUCAGACCGUGGUACCGUCCAACCCUAGCUCCUUGCCUGCUACGACUGCUGCUGGUCCGACGGGGAAGGGAGAAUCCCGGAAGGGACUCAGCACCGGCGCCAUCGUCGCCAUUGUGGUUGGGAAUUCUGUGGCUUAUUACUGCGGCAGAAAUUCAGGAGAAUCACAUCGUUGAGAAUCACGU